AUGAACAAAAAUAAUCCACCCAAGUUUGAUGCUGCUGACUCAGCAUCAGCAAUGCUCAAGGGAAUAAAAGCUCUAGCUGAGCUUUGUUCCGAGGAUGGUGCAUGCCAAAAGAGAAAAGCUGAUCUAGGAGCUCUUCCCUUGUUGAGGCACAUCCUCCUGAGUGAUGAUUAUGAGAAACUUGCUGCAAUUGAAGCAUAUGAUGCAUCUCGUAUUCGAGAAGUGCAAGACAAGAAUGUGGCUUCUAAUGUUUCAUCAACUGAUGCUACCACUGAUCCCUCAAGUGUACGGGUUCCUCCUGCAGCACAUAUCCGAAGGCAUGCUGGACGGCUGCUUACCAUUCUCUCUCUUCUACCCAAUUCAAAGAAGGAAAUUAUUUCUGAUGAUGUAUGGUGCAAAUGGCUCGAGGAUUGUGCUAGUGGGCGAAUUUCUUGCAAUGAUUUAAAACUAAAAAGCUACUGCAGGUUAACAUUAUUGAACAUAUUCUGUUCCGAGAGUCCAAAUGCAAGAAAACCCUCUGAUGAAUAUCCUGAUUCAGAAAGUGAAUAUAAAAGAAACUGUCCUCAGUUUGGAGAUGCACUAUUCUUGCUAAAUCCAGAGUUACCUCUUGAAGUUCAUGUGGACAACAGUGGUUUUGGGAUUUUAAGAGUUUCAAGAGAUAAUUGUAAGGAAGAUGGAAGUAUUGAAGAUCCUGGCUCUGAAACUGCGAACUCUGUAGAUGAUGCCGAAGCUGCAUCCAAAAGUGUCCCUUUGAUGGAUGUUGUGUUUGUCCAUGGCCUUCGUGGUGGCCCAUUCAACUCAUGGCGAAUUGCUGAUGACAAAUCAUCAACUACCAAAGCUGGUUUGGUGGAAAGCAUUGACGAGGAUGCUGGGAAAGAGGGCACAUGCUGGCCAAGUGAAUGGCUUGCGGCAGAUUUUCCUCAAGCACGUUUUUUUACAGUCAAAUACAAGACAAAUUUGACUCAAUGGACUGGAGCCAGCUUGCCUCUUCAGGAGGUGAGCUCUAUGCUGCUGAGGAAGUUGGUGGCUGCUGGGAUUGGUAGUCGGCCUGUUAUUUUUGUGACACACAGCAUGGGAGGACUGGUGGUUAAACAGCUUUUAUAUCAAGCAAAGCUGAAUAACUAUGACAAGUUCCUGAAUAAUACUAUUGGGCUGGUUUUCUAUAGUUGUCCGCAUUUUGGCAGUAAACUUGCAGACAUGCCAUCGCGUAUGGGUUUAGUGUUUGGUCCUGCUCCUUCGAUUGGGGAGUUAAGAAGUGGAUCUCCAAGACUAGUUGAACUGAACGAUUUUGUGCGUCAACGCCACAACAAAGGAUUUCUUGAUGUUCUUAGUUUUAGUGAGACCCAGGUCACACCGAUUGUUGAAGGAUAUGGUGGUUGGGCACUUCGUAUGGAGAUAGUGCCAAUUGAAUCUGCAUACCCAGGCUUUGAGGAGCUUGUCGUUCUACCGUCCACUGAUCAUAUAAAUUCAUGUAAGCCAGUUAACAAGAACGAUCCUUCUUAUGUGGAAACCUUGGCAUUUUUGGAGAAGAACUUUAAAUUGCGUCUGAAAAGAGAAGAACCUUAG